UGGAGGUAAAUCCACCUUUCAAAGUACUUUAACCGGCGAGCGUCUCCAUGGAGGCGCCGUUGCCAUGACGACCGUGACGCACUCAGCACCGGGGCUGCUAAUGUGUCCGUAAUAAACCAGCAGCCAGAUAAAGGAUGUCCAUGUGCACCAGAAAAGGGACCCCAGGCUCAGACAUGGAAGCAGCUUGCGAAACGAAAACACCUACAUUGGAACCAUCCAGUGCGACACAGCUUCCAGAGGGCACUAACUGCUUGACGUGCUCAGAAGACGGCAGGUACCUCAGUCUGGGUCACUGCGAGGGCUUGUCCGUGUGGUGUGCAUCUUCUCUGAUCUGUGUUGCAGAAUGGCUGCAGGACAGAGUCGAGAUAACGUCUAUUCAAAUGACCAGGAUGGCUGAGACGGCCUAUCUGCUCUGCACCGUUGAUGAUAUGGGUGUUGCCAGAGUCUUUGCAUAUCACUGUGAAGACAUUCAACUUCUGCAUGUAAUUAACAUCAUGGAAAACAUCAAUGAAAGGAGCAUUUGCUUGACAUUUGAAGUAUUUGAAGGGGGAGUUUAUGGAGCUGCAUCAAUCAGCUGCAACGGUGCUCUUUGGCUCGAGGUCUAUCACUUCCCCAUAGAAGCAUGGCGGAAAGAGUUAGAGGUGGUCCUCUCACAGAAACAGCACUCAAACUCAUCCGGAGAUGUGUAUAUGAAAUGGUCUCCAGUUGCCAUGGUGAUUAAAAUCAAGCCACUUCAAAUUUCAGCAGGCGCUGCUGUGGACGGUCCAUUCGAGGUCUUGCAGACGAUGGACUUUUUGACACACUGUUUGGUUCUGGACGUGAACACCAGCUGCAGUCCUCAGGCUUUUAAUACAGACAUAGGAGAGACAAAGGAAACAAAUGAAAGCCCAAGACGUUGCACCCACCACUUUCUUCUGCCUUGUGGUCCAAAUCCUGGCGGGAGCAAAGCAAAAUCCCAGCCAGCAGGACUGCCUAUUGCUGUCUGUGUGUGGUGGAGUGGCAGCCAUAAUCUUCUUCAGUAUUUGCUGCAGAAACCACAGAAGAACAAACCAGAUGUGGAACCAAUGCCAGAUGUGUUGUGGCCAAAUGCAAAGGAAAUCCUCUGCUCUGCUGUCAGUAGAUGCACACGUUACAUAGCUGCUGGGCUCCAAGAUGGUUUGGUGUUUGUCUGGGACAGAAAAUCAGCGUCUCCAUUGUCUGUCGUCCCUGCGUCAGUGACAGGCAGUCCCUUUACCAAGAUGCAGUUUGUGGAUGACUGGCCUGUGUCUGCUGAUGAUUCCCAGACUUUUACCACAGCGGAGGUCCAGCUCUUGGUGUGGUGUAAGGGUGGAGCAAUUCACGCAGUCACCACAGGGCGAGGGACACGAUCCUGCACAGUGCAGGUCACUGAAAGGCCAAAACACAGUGGGGACCUCCUGACUGUCACUGCAUCAGUGCCAUUCCUGCAGAGCUUGUCACUUGUGGUGCAAAGAAAUGGAAACAUGUUCCUGCAAGAUGUCGUUAACAAAACCACUGUGUGCCUCUUGCUUCCUCCCACAUCUCAUCUGGUUGCUGCGCCCUGCAGUCCUGUUUAUGCUCUGAACACCAAACUGCAAUCUCUCCUCAUAAAAGCAGGUGAGCAGGACCCCAGCUGCAGGUCAUCUUCUCAAGGAGGAGGCCAGAGUCAGCUUUUUAUCUUCCAUUUUGGAGAGUCUGAUAUCAUGAAGCAGUAUAUUGUUCCACCGCCAGUUGCUCCGCAGCAACAAGAAGUACUGAGCUGUGUCACUCUCGAGGAAUCCUGUGAUCUCUACCUUCAGCAAAGAGCGCGGUCUGUGGAUGAAAGGAACAAAGCUAUAUCACAGACCUGGAAGCAGCUACAGGAAACUGCAGAGACACAGCAGAGCUGCAGCAAGAAAUGACUUGCACUGAGGUGAUAUUUUACUGUACUGUUUCAUAUUUAUUUCAUGUCAUUUUUUUUUUUAAACAAAUGCGUAAAGAUUGUGUGAUUGUUGUGGCAGAAGCUGGUUGUUACUUUAGCAGUGGUGUCUUUCUGUAAAAAAGACAUCAUGGUGUCUCUUGGGUUAAUUUAGGGCACAUUUUUAGAUCUGUGGUGCUGGUAGGUCGUGUCUCAUAUGUAUUUUAAAAGGAUGGGUGUAUUCAAGCUCAUUACGAAAGGGUUGAAUUCAUUCAUGGAACGUUAGCAUUUCGUUGCCUUUGGGGUCCUUGAAUGUUUCAUACCUCAUGUUUUUAAUGUCAGGAAAAACUAGGACAGAGUACAGAGGUUUUUCUUAAUUUGAUUAGGUUGAUUAAAACUUUAUAAUCUGGCACGCGAUGCUCUUAAAACACACUCAGGACUAGGACUAUCUAUCCUGAGACAGUAUGUUCUUGGCUACCUAACAGUGGUAAACAUGUUACAUGUCUUUAAUUUUACGGAAGUUGUGUUCAAUUCUUGGACACUUUGAGUCAGUCAUCCCAACAUGCAGCGAAAUGUUAACAAUAAUAAUCACUCAGUUUCCGUUGUAAAGGCAAAUUUUACAUUAAACCCAGAUAAAUAAUGUUUGUCUGUCUGAGUGCCAGCGUUUGGGUAACGAACAAUUUUAUGGAAAUAGUUGUUGAAGAUCCUUAUCCAUCAGAGGCCAUAUUGUUUCUCUAUAACCAAUCAGGACAGUGCGGCUGGAGAAUUAUUCCAGAUUGGCACCCUGGUCUGCUCGUGUUGUUUAUUUCAGUGAGGGUUUUUUUUUGUUCACCUGUAUGUUAUACAGAGACAUUUAUCAUUUUUAUUCCAGUCCUAUCAGAUCAUACUGUGGCUUCUCUCUGUGUCAGUGAGGACUGAUACUGAUUUUAAUAAGUUCCUGAAAGCUUCAUUUGAAUUUCUACAAAGCUUUGCUGAGGGGUUAAUGCCAAAGGGCCACGUGCCACUGAGAGCAUAAUGAAAGCACAGGUGCUCUAUACAAAGAGUUUGGCAUGUAUGACUGUCAACAGUGAGAACAAUCUGUCGGUAAUAAAUCUGUCUCAAAUUAAACCAAGCACCUACAACUAGAGACUUUAA